CUCGAUUCAUUGCGGUAGUAAAGGUGCAAGUUGAUUGUUGAGAAGCCGAUCGUUUGCAGGAAAUGGCUAACAGCGUUUCUUUUCUUGCUUAUUCUUCUUCUACUCCUUUCACCAAUAAAUCCCCAAACUCAAAGAUUAAUUGUGAGAUUUACCCUCUCGCCAGCAAAAUUAUCGUCAAAAAUCUACCCUUUUCGGCAAGUGAAAGUCGUCUGCUGAAGGAAUUUUCAAAGUUUGGGCAGAUAGCGGAAGUAAAAAUUAUCAAGGAUGAAGCUAGACAGAAGUCUAAAGGAUUCGCAUUCAUCCAAUACACUUCACAAGAAGCAGCAUUACUAGCUCUAGAAAGCAUGGAUUAUCAGUUGUUUGACGAGAGACAACUAUUCGUUGAACUUGCAAAACCCCGGAAAAGUGAUUUUGGUGGAUAUCCAAGAACCUCAGGUCCCCCUCAAGAACAAAGCUUGGCAACUCUAGAUGAUGUUGAUGAGUGACAGAGCUUGCUGUUUAUCUACAUUUCACAAGGAUUUUGACCUCAUUCUGCUUCAGAAAUGUAUGAUUUGUUUGCGUUUAGUAUAGGAUUUGACUAUAUUCGCUGGGGUCGACAAAAAUCAGUGUAUAUUAAUUAGUAUUAUUGAUCAAUCAUUUUUGGCCUCUUGCAUUUUCCACUGUUGAUAUUUCAUUGAUUGAUGAUGAUACAAUACUUGGAGAUGUCCUGAUUUUGAAAUUA